AUGUUGAGCCCCGAAAAGCAUUUCUGGUUCUUCCUCACUUUCUACGGCAUAUUGUCAGUUCUCUUCGAUUAUCUCAUCCCAAUUAUGAUCAUGGUAAUCGCAAAUUAUUGUGUUAUUCGAGAAUUGCGCCGCAAUGACGUCACGAUAACAACUUUGAAUGUGCAAAAACGGAAAGAGCAGAACACGACAGUUAUGUUGUUGGUGGUCACAAUUAUUUUCACAAUUUGUCAUUCGGUUGGAGGAGUUUUUAAGAUGAUUGAGAUUAUUUGCGGGAGAUUUAUGUUGAAUGGGGUGAGUUUUGGAAUGAUUUCUCAAAAAAAACAAAGAGAACACCUAAAAUGAGCAAUUUCAGUGCCGAAAAUUGAUAUAGAAAAACAUUUUUGAAAAAAAGUAGUAGCGCCCAUGAGGAAUCGAACCUCUGACCUUAUGAACAGAAAUAUUUCAUGUUUCUAGAUCAAAAUUUGGUGCUGAAGAUGCUGUAAAUGCUUAAAUUGAGCAAUCCCAUUAUUUUCAGCGCGAAAAAUUGAUCUAGAAACUUUUUUCAACAAAUAAAUAGUUCCCAUGGGGAAAAAAAUUUAAGAAAUCGAUAUUGAGAAAAAUUCUAAAGUGCCACGUGGCAAUUUGAAUUUUUUUGAAAUUUUUGUGACAUUUUUUCUUCAUAUUUCCCUUCAUCACAUAAAUUAUCGAUUUUUCUUCCAGUUCUACUUAUAUUUCGCCGAUCUCACUGUUUUUCUCAUCGUUCUUCACACUUCUUCCACAUUCUUCCUCUACUACGCUUUCUCCGGCAAAUUUCGCACAAUAUUCUGGACUGUCAUCAAAUGUCGCAACAAAUAUAGCGAAGAUUUCACAAAAUUAUCAUUGUUUUAUCCAUCAGCUCAAACAUCAAUGAUAAUUGAAACAAAGCGGAAAUUGACGAAGAAGGAGAAUUUUGUCUAA